AUAGAGAGAGUGAGAGGCUGGGACUGAGAUGGGUAGAAGAUUUUGAGAUGGCACAGAGAAGGAGGGGGAGAAGAUCCUGAAACUGUGAUAAAAUCGUUGUCUCUUUUGAUCAAACAGGACGCAGCUAGGGAGAGCAGAGAGCACUGUGUUGACACACUCCUCUUUGAGGUACUUGUCUCCAUCUGUGAUUAUGGCCAGGCACAACUGCUCCACACAGGACCUUCUGCAUCCAUCAAGUAGCCAGCUGGUGUGUAGCACAGGCCUGCCUUACAACAACAGCUUCCUAGGCAACUGGAGUCAGCAAAUGGAGGACCUAUGUCUGAGCCAGGAGGAGCUGCUGGAGAAAUACCUGGGGCCCCGCCGCUCCUCCUUCUUUCUGCCUGUCUGCAUCGCCUAUCUCAUGAUCUUCGUGGUGGGAGCAGUGGGUAAUGCGCUGACCUGUACCGUGAUCGCCCGUAACAAGGUGAUGAGGACGCCCACUAACUAUUAUCUCUUCAGUCUGGCUGUGUCUGACCUGCUGGUGUUGCUUUUGGGUAUGCCACUGGAGCUGUAUGAGAUGUGGAGCAACUACCCCUUCCUGUUUGGCAAGGGGGGUUGCUAUUUCAAAACCUUCCUCUUUGAGACGGUGUGCUUUGCAUCUAUCUUGAAUGUGACAGCCCUGAGUGUGGAGCGCUACAUUGCUGUGGUGCAUCCUCUCAAGGCUAAGUACGUGGUGACCCGUACCCAUGCCAAGCGCGUCAUUGUGACCGUGUGGGCAGUGUCAGUGCUCUGCGCGAUCCCCAACACCAGCCUGCACGACGUCUCCUACCUGGUGUCUGCCACUGGCUGCCAGAUCCAAGAGUCGGCUAUCUGCACGCUGGUGAAGCCCCGCUGGAUGUACAACCUGAUCAUCCAGAUCACGACUCUGCUGUUCUUCGUUCUGCCCAUGCUGACUAUCAGCGUGCUGUACCUGCUUAUUGGCCUGCAGCUCAAGCGCGAGAAGAUGCUGCAGGUCCUCGAGGCCAAGUCCGGCCUCGGCAGGGACAGCUACCACAACAUCCGCAUCCAGCAGCAGAAGGCCAGGAGAAGGCAGGUCACCAAGAUGCUUUUUGUGCUGGUUGUGGUGUUCGCAAUCUGCUGGGCCCCCUUCCACACGGACCGGCUGAUGUGGAGCUUCAUCAACCACUGGACAAGUUUCAUGCAUCACCUUUACCAGUGCGUGCACAUUAUCUCUGGAGUCUUCUUCUACCUCAGCUCCGCCGUCAACCCCAUCCUCUACAACCUCAUGUCCACACGGUUCCGUGAAAUGUUCAAGGAGGUCAUGUGCCGCCAGGCUCAUCAGCCAGGAACCAGGAAGUAUUCCCUCAGCGUCACGCGGGUAACUCUGCGCAGCACGGUGUGCGAGACCCCACCCAGCAAUGGGGUCGCGAUUUCCGAUGGAGAAGAGUAUGAUGUCUACAUUGAGUGUCAGCCUGACAAUGAGACCACAACCACCUAGUGCCAGUGGCAGAGCAUGACAGCUCCACAUGACUCAUUCCCUGUACAUUUAUGGAACCACAGGCAGGGCCACACCUCUGUAUAAGCUAGUAUCCAGUUCAUGCCCAGUUACUGUUUGCAAACUCUGUUGGAAGUCCAAAGCAGAUCCAUUCCUUAAAUACCACCUGUCCUUCCUGGAAGAGGAGGCUAGGUUUGCCAACACAAUCAGACAAUUUGAGAUAGGACAGGUUUUUCACCUUGCCUCUAAAUCAAGAUAUACUUUCUAUUACUUUAGAUGGUUGUUAAUUGUUUAAAAAGUGGAUUUAGCAAAAAUGAAAUGAAAGACAUCUGCUAAAUUUUCACUAAGCAGCAUGCAUUAGUUUUAUAUGGAAUAAAAACAUAAGCUAGCAUUAUCUUGAAUUACUGCAUCUCCUAUGACUCAUACGUCCUUAAAGGCUGGAGUCAUUCAGCAGGACAGUGACAACUAUUAACCAGAGAGGUUUGGCCAGAGCCAAUGGCCAAAGACUGGUACUUAUCACUAGCUUGUCCUUCAACAGAAGGUUCCCCAUCUCUUCUUAUCCUACUUAUGAAGUGGACAGCACAACUUAAUCUGGCAUGUGAGAAGCAGUCCCAUGAGGGCUUUGGAUGGAGGUGUAGACAAAUGUUUUGCCUGCAGUGCUGGCUGGUCAUUAGGGGGAUCUUGGGUGCUUCCCUACCAGUUUCAAACCAACACAUUUAGCUAACACAGUUUAUAAAUAAAUAGUACUGCUAAUUGGAAGUAACCCAAACAAAAUCAGUUUAAAUAAUACAAACUACAGUUUGUCUAUGUCUACUUGUAAAAUAAAGAUAAUGCUUUUCCACUAUGUAUUAUAUAACUAAAAAUUAUAUAUGUGUAAAAAGCAUCUUUGGGAACUCUCCUUUCCUUUCCUGUACCAACAGUGGAAGACAAAAAAAGGCCUUCACCUCAAAGACUGUUCCUCCUCAAAGACUUGGCACGC